AUGGGUUUCUUGGGUGUUUAUUCUGCAGUAUACGAUUACGUGCCGGCAGGUGAGGGAGAGCUCACUAUUAAAGAAGGGGAUAUCCUCUACGUGCUAGAGAAGAGCACGGAAGACGAUUGGUGGAAAGCAAAGAAGAAGGCUUCUGCGGAAGAUGAGGAUGAACCUGUGGGAUUGAUCCCGAAUAAUUACAUCCAGGAGGCAGCACCAUCUGGUAAAGCUCGCGCUCUCUACGAUUACACAAGACAGACAGAUGAGGAGCUGUCAUUCACAGAAGAUGCACAACUCGAGGUCUUUGAUACAUCAGAUCCGGAUUGGAUAUUGGUGGGCUUUGAAGGAGAGUAUGGCUUCGUACCUGCGAAUUAUAUCGAGUUGUCCGAGGAAGAACAGCACAAGGAAGCGCCUGCUCCAAGUCUUCCAAGUCGGCCACGACCAGCAUCGGUUCCAGUAGAAGAAGAAGCGCCAGCAGCGCCUCAGUCUCCUCUAUCGCCUCAGCCCGCCGAAACGCCGGUAGCAACUCCGGCUGCUGCGAUUGCUGGUAUAUUAAAGCAGAGGCAAGCUUCCGCUCCGGCAGCUCGAGCUCCACCAGAAUUUACACCCGAAGCCUCGGAUGAAGAGCCCCCUACACCAACCUUACCCGCGAGACCCGUGUCGCAAGUGUCAGUACCACAGCCUACUCGAGGGCAGGAACAUGAUCGGGAGCGAGAGCCUGCCCGUCGCUAUUCUCCGAGACUUCCUGCAUCUCCUGUUGUUACCGCAUCUCCUCCUCAUAACAGAGUAUCUUUCUCUACAAUGGGUGUAGUGAAUGAUGUAGAUGAACAUAAAGCGGCUCGCGCACCUGGUGGGUUCCACAUGUAUAAUAUCAGCGAGAUGGUACAUGUGAUGGGUAAAAAGAAGAAAAUGCCUACAACUCUGGGCAUCAAUAUUGCUACAGGCACAAUUCUGAUUGCUCCCGAACAAGCCCGAGAUGGACCAGAACAAACUUGGACAGCUGAAAAGAUGACGCAUUACUCACUGGAAGGCAAGCAUGUUUUCAUGGAAUUAGUACGCCCAAGUAAAAGUAUUGAUUUCCACGCCGGAGCUAAAGACACCGCAACCGAAAUUGUUAGUGCAUUGGGAGAGCUUGCAGGUGCUGCCCGUGCCGAAGGAUUAAGAGAGGUUAUCGCAGCAGGAUCUGGCUCUGGCCAAAAGAGAGGACAAGUUCUUUAUGAUUUUGUAGCACAAGGAGACGAUGAAGUAGAUGUGAAUGUUGGAGAUGAGGUCGUUAUCAUUGAUGAUGUGAAGAGUGAGGAAUGGUGGAUGGUACGGAGGGUCAAGAACGCGAAAGAAGGAGUUGUCCCAAGUAGUUACAUCGAAAUCAUGGGCGCUAUACAAUCAGCAAGUUCAGCUGGAAUAAACGCUGGGCGAUCGACCGUUGAACAAAACAGGCUCGAAGAAGCGCGACUAGCAAGGGAGGCUCUAAAGACGGCGAAAAAGGACGAGGUUGAGGUAGGCCCUGGAAUGCGACUACCCGAACGGGGUAGCAGUUUAUUUGCUCGUGACAAUGGUAACCAAUCUGGGGAACAGAAGAGACGAGAAAGUGUCCGAGAAAGUGGUCAAUCAAGAUCUUCGAAAUCUAAACCCGAUCCCGCUAAAGUAAGAACUUGGACAGACCGUUCGAAGUCAUUCAGUGUUGAGGCACAAUUCUUGGCGCUGAAAGAUGGUAAGAUAAAUCUUCAUAAGAUGAAUGGCGUGAAAAUUGCUGUCCCAGUUGUCAAGAUGUCGGUUGAAGAUCUAGAAUAUGUUGAACGGAUGACGGGCAUAUCUUUAGAUGAAGAUAAACCCUUAUCAGACAUCAAAAAGCAGCAGAAAUCACGAGCAGCCGAGAGAGACUCGAGCAAUGGUGCAAGUCCAGCUCCGGGUCCUAGUGCAAGUAUGGGCGCAGGUGCAAGUAUCCAAACCCCUGAGUAUGAUUGGUUCCAAUUCUUUCUGUCAUGCGACGUCAAUGUGGGACUAUGUGAGAGAUAUGCGCAGGCAUUCAAGCGGGAUUCUAUGGAUGAAAGCGUUUUACCUGAUAUCGAUGCAACCGUACUACGAAACCUUGGGAUACGCGAGGGAGAUAUCAUUAAAAUAAUUAGGUUUUUGGACAAGAAAUAUAUGCGGAAAGAUGGCAAGCGCAAUGUCAGCUUCGGAGGUGAGGAUGAGGGUGAAGCUGGCCUCUUUUCUGGACCAGGUGGUGCCCUGAAGAAUAACACCAGGAAAGGUCGCCCGGCUCCUGCCGUCCAAACUAAUGAUGUGGUGGAUGCCAAUGCUUUCUCGCAGAAUGGCACCGAGAAAUCCUCACCUCAAGGAGUUGCCACACCCCUUGCAAAUGCCCCAACUCCCGCAGAAAAAGACGUCAAAAGGGAAGGAUUUGACGAUGAUGCAUGGGAUGUUAAACCAUCGAAACAAGAAACCACGAGCAGCCCUCCUGCCCAAUCCAUACCUGCUGCAGCUCCUCAACAACCUGUUAUUACGGGCUCAAUGCAAGAGCUCUCAUUAUUAUCUACACCUUUGGAGCCAGUCAAGGCACAGCCAACUGCUCAAGCAUCACCUCAGCCCCAAGCUCCACCGGCCGUUACACCUUCAAUAUUUGCGGGAAUUGGAAAUCAACAAACCGGAGUUCCUCAACCUCAACCCCUUCCUUCAGGACCUUUAUUGCCCGCAAACUUAGCACGCCAACGUCCUGCACCCCCUCAAAUGACCGCAAAUUCUACUCUGAUACCACCGCUUCCCCCUUCGCGUCCUCUAUCAGCUCCUCAAGCUGCCAGUGCUUAUGCUCCACCUCCAUUGCAAGCUCAAGCGACUGGUUAUGGAGCCUUCCAACCUCAAAUUGCUCCUCCUGGACAAAGUCUUCAUGACCUCAAUCAACAACGUAUGCAACAGCAGCAGCAGCAGCAGAUGCAACAACAACAGUUUAUGCUACAACAGCAACAACAAGCAGGCAUGAUGCAACAACCUACGGGAUUCAAUCAAUUUAAUCCUGGAGUACCUAACAAUUUUCAACAAUUCCCUAUGCAGACAGGUAAUCCCCAACAGCCUUUCAUACCCAACCAAACCGGUACACCAUUCGCAAACCCUCCAGCACAACCAUUCCAACCACAACCACUUCAAGCCCAGCCUACUGGUUUUCAGAGCGCAUUCCCUCCUGGGCAACAAUAUCCUCAACCUACUGGUGUAAAUUCAUACUUGCCUCCAGCUCUGCAACCUCAACCAACUGGCAUGAUGAAUGGAGCCAAUGGUUUCAAUCAGAAUUUCACUCCACCACCGAUCCCACCUAUGCCGCAGCAGCAGCCAGCCCCAAUGCUCCCCCAGGCGACCGGGCCAGCACCACCAGGGAGACGCGCGAACCUUGCACAAGCCACUCCUCAAAAUCCAUUUGGAUUUUAG